AUGGACUCGCGCCAAUUGUGGGAGCAGAUCGACCUCAAAGCUUCAAAGAUGUCCGGCAUCGUCGAGCGCUAUUUUGCCCAGGGGCUCAUUCGAGAAGAGCAGGAGGAUGACGAUGAAGAGGAGGAGCAGCAAGCUAGCGGCAGAGCCGGUCCUUCGCGCUCGCGGUCUCGUUCCAGUAUUUAUGACGAGGAUGAUGGCUUUGAGGACGACGACGAGGAUGACGACGACGCGUCCGGCGAUGAUGACGACGAAGACGACGAUGACGUCGACCUAGAAGAGGAACGCGUCCGACUCAGUCAGCUCAGUGAUGCCGAUCUUCGAGCUCUUGGCAUCGACCCAGCAUAUCGCGACCAGCUGUUAGCCGAAAUGGCCGAGCAAGGCGAUGACAAUGACGAUUCGGACGAAGAAGGCUCCGCUUAUGCAGGUGCUUCCGACGUAAGCGAUGGCGAUCCCACUGAAAUUUUCUACGAACCUCUCAAGACCGAGGCGGAGCAACUUCAGCGCAAAGAGGAACAAGAGAUGGGUAUCCUGCCACGCCUUCGAUCACAAGUCGGCGACGAUGACGACGACGAUGAAGAUGAAGAUGAUGUCGACGAGGACAUGAGCCAGGAAGAGGAACAGGAAGAUGAGUCCGACCAAGAAGAUAGCAGAGCAGACUCUUCCAGUAAGAACAGCGCCGGCAUCCCUACUUCACUCCUUCAAGAUCUCGACCGUCCCGGCAAAGCCUCUCAGCGUCCAUCCAAGCGACACCCCACCCUCGACGAUGACUUUUUCUCAAUAGAUGAUCUCAAUCGACAGCUCGACGAGCAAGACGCACAAGAGGAUGCCGAUCCAGCCGAUGAUAACGACGACGACGACAUCUUUGACCAGGUCGACUACUUCAAGCCUCUCGACGGAGCCGAUGCUCUCGAUGACGACGAGCUCGAUGUUGACGAAGAGCAGGGAACAGGCUUUGCUGAUGCUGCCGAUGCCCACUAUGCAGACUUCUUUCUGCCACCUUCAAAAGCAGCCAAGUUCAACAAGAAGUUCGGAAGGCGAAAAGCCUCGGCCCGCUUCGCAAACGAGGAUGCUGUAGCCGAUCAAGUCGAUGAGGACCAGGAAGAGUCUGACGACGAAGACCAAGAGCCAUCUCCCAGCAAAUCAAAAGCUCGUGUCUACGAAGAGCCCGACCGCAAGCGUCGCAUUCGCUUCAACACGACCAUAGAGUACCGUCGUAUCAAGCCACGCAAGAAGUCCGUCGACGAGCUCACCCCCGAAAUGUUGAGGAUGAUUGGUGCAUCAUCUGACGACGUCGACGCUGCUCGCCGCUUUGAUGAGGACAUGGACGAGGAUGACGACGAGGACGAGGAUGACGAGGAUGAUGACAAUGACGAUAUGGAUAUGGACGAGGUGGAGUCGGAGACAUCCUCUGUCGGUCGUCAGGGUAGCGAUGACGAAGGAUCAGACCAGAACUCGGAUGAGGAGGAUGAGGAGGAUGAGGAGGACGCCGAAGAAGAUCUGGACGACGAGCAGUCCUCUGCAGAGGACGACCAACAAGACGAUAACGACGGUGUCAAUACAGCGCGCCGAGUAGCCGGUGACCUCUUUGCCGACAGCGAUGACGAGGCAGAUGCCCGGGACAAACUCUCGACGCACGAGAAGCGUGUUGCUGCGCUCAAAGAGGAGAUUGCUCGACUCGAAGAUGAAAAUGUUGCCAAAAAGGACUGGACCUUGAUGGGAGAAGCAGGCUCGCGCGCACGACCCCAGGACAGCCUCUUGGAGCAAGAUCUCGAAUUUGAACGCGCCGCCAAGGUGACACCGCAAGUGACAGAGGAGAUGACCGAGUCCAUCGAGGAUCUCAUCAAACGUCGCAUUCUUGACCGCAACUUUGACGAUGUCGUCCGUCGACGCGAGAUAGAAGCGCUUCCUUUCCUUCCCUCGCGUCUGCUCGAGCUUUCGGACAGCAAGAGCGCCAAGAGUCUCGCCGAGCUGUACGAAGAAGAAUACCAAGCAGCACGCGGUGCCGAUGGCGAGGAAGGUGCGCCCGUCGCCGAAGCCGAUGCCAAGCUGGCCAAGGAGCACGAAGAGAUCACGAAGCUCUACGACGACAUUUUCAACAAGCUUGAUGCGCUCUCCAACGCUCACUUCACCCCCAAGGCUCCCAAGGCGACCAUCCAGACACUCACCAACGCGCCCUCUGUCUCUAUCGAGACGGCACUGCCGGCCACGGCCUCGUCGAGCACCAUGCUUGCUCCGGAGGAGGUGUACGAGCGAUCGCGUCACUCGACCGCCAUGGACGGUGCCAAGUCCGAGAUGACUCCGGAAGAGAAGCAGCGUUUGCACAACAAGCUUCGACAGGACAAGCGACAGCGCAACGAGAAGAUCCAGGACACACGCAAGGCGCUCGAACAGUCGGGACUCGUGCGCGCCAAGAAGGUCAACGAGAAGGAGGAGAAGCAGCAGGCGCUCAAGAAGCUCGUCGGCAACCGCGGCGUAUCGGUCAUCGGCAAAGAGGCCAAUGCUGCCGGGGCAGGUACGGGCAAGAACGCCAAGAACAAGGGCAAGGGCAAGGCGGUCAACGGCGCUGCCAACGGCUCAGCCAAGCCCACUACGGGAAAUCAGUUCAAGCUGUGA